CAUGGCUGGUGAACCCUCAGCAAACAGAAGUAAACGCCAGCGCGUCAGCUCCGAUGAAGAGGACUACGCCACCUCGUCUCGAAAACGGCGCCAGACCCAGCAAGAGAAUGACGAGCCUGAAAAUGAGGAGGAUGAAGCUAUGAGGAUAAUGUUGAACGAAGAGCUGGAUGGAAUAGAUGAGGAGUAUGCUGAUAGGGGCGAUAACUUUCAGCCCAAGUAUUGGAGAGGUGAUGAUGGAUAUGUCGCUGGAUCAGUCGUCAGAAUCAAGUGCACCAAUUUCAUGACUUAUGAUAAUGUAGAGUUUAGACCAGGGCCCCAUCUAAACAUGAUCCUCGGUCCCAAUGGUACCGGUAAGAGUUCCAUCGCUGCUGCCAUCGCGAUCGGUCUUGCCUUCCCUCCCAAAGUUAUGGGCCGAGCCAAUGAAGUCAAGUCAUAUGUAAAGCAAGGCCAUGACGAAGCUCAACUCGAGAUUGAAUUGAAGGGCAACGCGGGGGAGGAAAAUCCCAUCAUUUGGCGAAAGUUCAACCGUCACGACGAAAGGUCCGAGUGGAAGCUCAAUGGCGAAAGUGCAACUCGUGCCAGAAUUUCAGAGAUCAUUAAGGGUUUCGGUGUACAGGCUAAUAAUCUUUGUUCGUUCCUUCCCCAAGACAAGGUCGCCGAAUUCGCCAAGAUGGCCCCUGUUACUGUUCUCAAGGAAACCAUGCGCGCCGCUGGCGACCCGAGACUUACAAAGUGGCACGAGAAGUUGAUUGACAAGGGUAAACGGAUGAAGGAGCUUGAGAUUGAUGUAGACCGACAAACGGUCCACAGGGACAGAAUCCAGACACAAGUCGACACCCUCGCUCCCGACGUCGAACAUGUGCAGGAACGUGAAAAGCGAGAGCAUGAAGCCGAAGUUCUCCAGCACCUUCUUGGUGUGUCAGAACAUGCUCAGCUAAAAGAAGCUUCCGCUAGGGCCGCCAGGUUGCACAAGAAGAUCAAAUUGAAAGUGGAAAGGAACGAGGCUGGUCGGAAACCUUUACAUGAUUUGGAGGAGUCCCACGACCAGUUGUACCAAAAACUGAGAGGCAAGUUUGUCCGGGUGACGGAGAAAAUCAAGGGUGAUAUGUCCGGUGUGAGGCGUUCCGCGGACGAGAUUGAAAAGAUUGCAAAGAAAGGCCAAGCGAUCCAGAACAACAUCUCUGAACUCCGCAAAAAAAUCGAGCGCAAGGAGGGAGAGAAGCAUGCUUUAAGAAAGAAGAUCAAACUUUGCGAAGAAAUUCUGGCGGAGCCUAGGGAAAAUCACGAGGAAGAAAUCAGAGCAAAAAAGACUGAAAAACAUGACCUUUUCCUGCAGGGAAAGGAUUUAUUAAGAGAUCUCGAGCAGCUAAAGAAGGAUUAUGAAGAUGAGAGCGCUGAAUUGCAAAGAAUCGGCAGGGAGAUCACAAACCUUUCCAAUCGCCAAAGGGAACUGGAAAGCGUUGAAACACAAAAAGAAAAUGCCGCUCGCGAAUUUAGCCCCUCUAUCGCUUUCCUCCUCGAUUGGCUUAAGGAGCACGGCGGUGAGCUCGAAAAGCCGGUACAUAAACCCCCAAUGAUUUCGGUGAAUGUCCCAAACAAGCAGUAUGCUUGGCAGGUCGAAUCCUGUACCAACGCGGCUCAAAGAUCGACAUUCAUCUGCGAGUCGAAGGCGGACUAUGAUCGUCUGAUUGCACUGAACAACAAACCUUUGCCCGAACAUUUGCGACGCAAUAGAGGGCGUUGGAAUAAUGACCCUAACAAUAGGAAUAAUGGAAGAAUGGCACCGGAGAACCUUAUCAGGAUGAAUUUGGCCUACCAGGAGGUGACGGACAAAUCGGUCAACCCGUCUAGACCUCAACCUCCGUCAGUUUUGCAUGAAUUGGGAUUUGAUGGUUAUGUCAUUGAUUACGUUGACGCUGCCCCAGCAGUAAUUGCCUACCUUUGCCAACAGUGCAGGAUGCACCUGACUGUCGUCACCCAAAAAGACCCUUCCGACGUAAAGGUCGACACGCUCCCUGGAUUGGGCAUCCGUAGCUGGGGUACCCGUAAUGACUGGACUAGAGUUAAUCAGUCCUCGUACGGAAGGAGAGAGUACAGUGAGAUGGUUCAAGCCAAGACUGAAGCCAAAAGUUUUAACAUUAGCGUCAACACCGCUGCUGUCAACGAGAUAGUUAAAGAGAUUGGAAAGCUCAAGUUGAUGAUUCGUGAUCUCGAAGAGCCCCACUCGAAGAUGAAGCAGAAGAUUGAUGCGAUCGAGUCCAAAAGAAAAGAACUGGGUCGGCAAUACGACGAAACUACCAAGGAGAUUGAGGAACUGCAGAGGAGUUCGAAGAGAUACCAAAAGGCGCAGCUUGACCUCGAAACUGCCACCGAGAAGCUUCAGGCUCUCGAGUCAGAGCCGUCUUCUGACGCGACUAGAGAGAAGCUUAGGAAAGAAAAGUACGACAAUGCCAAGCUACGGCUUAGACCUCUGAGCAGCUGUGUAGACAUCUGCGAUAACAUGUUCAACCAAUGCGGUGACCUCAUCGAAAUUGGUUUCCGACAGAUCCAAAGCGAGGCCAACGUCAAGGCUAUCAAGGCUAGGGUUAACAACGGUAAUGCUCGUACAAAGCAAUUGAGGAGGGACAUGGAGGAAGCCGAGAAUGAAAUGAAGACAGCCAAAGCGAGAAUGAACGCAAAGUGGGCCGCUAUCAAGGAACGGAUCCAGCCUGCACCUCGAAGCGUUCGUAACGAGGUCACCAGGCGAGCUCAGGCCGCCAGCAUCCCUUCACCUGCCGAGAUCCAAGAACAACUCAACAUCAUCCGUAACCAACUUGACAUGACUGUUAACAUCCCUGGCAACGUGGUGCAGCGAUGGGAGGCCUUGACUAAACAGCUUGAAGAGGCCACGGUGAAGUUAGAUGCGGCUGAGACCGAAUUGUCAGAGGUGCGAGAGAUGGUUACAGCGACUAGGAACAAGUUCGAACCCGCCCUUCAGACACUGGUUGAUGCCGUCAGCGCCAAAUUUUCGGCAGCUUUCAAGCGUGUCAAGUGCAGCGGUGAAGUCCAGGUUCUCAAGGUUGAAGGCGACUUUGCCCAAUGGGGCAUCAAAAUUCUCGUCUCAUAUCGAGAUAUCGACAGAUUAAAGAUGUUGACCGGUACUCACCAGUCUGGUGGUGAACGCUCACUUGCCACUGUCACUUAUCUCAUGAGCUUGUCAGAGAUGUCUCGAACACCCUUCUCGCUCGUCGAUGAAAUUAACCAAGGUAUGGAUCAGCGUGCAGAGCGGGCGGUGCACAAUCAGCUUGUAGAGGUUACAUGCGAUGCCCACGCUGGACAGUACUUCCUUAUCACACCCAAGCUUCUUACCGGUUUAACAUACCACCCCAAGAUGAAAGUUCUUACCAUCAACAACGGUGUCUUCUUGCCCGACUCUGCCGACACUACGCAACGAUAUGGUUCCCUCAAGGGUUGCCUCAAGAAGUAUCAAAAGGCUCACAGUAUCAUGGCCUAAAUUGUCAGUCUUGUCGAAUGAGGGAGUUCCUGAGAUACAUAUUAUUUUCUCAUUUUUGUUAUCCGGAUUUUAUCGGUUGAAUGUGAAGAAUAUAUAUUUUACAAAUCAUAUUGCAGAGAAUGCAUUUACACAUCAAG